ACGCAGCUCCUGUGGCCCAGUCCUCCUGCGGUACUUCUCUCUUCACCUCACCCGCAUCUCCCCGCUGGCAGACGGACUCUUUCCUUUGCUCUUCCGCACUUUUACAUUCACACCUUUCCAGAAUGGAUCCGACUGGAACUCUGGUUUUCCUCCUCUCCGUUGUCGUUACCGUGAGCUGCACCACGGGCCCGUUAGUGGACGUCGUUGUCGAUCGGUACGACAUACCCAAAGUUUGUCCUCGGGAAGUGCAAACGGAGGAUUUUGUCCGUUAUCAUUUUAACGGCACCUUCCACGCAGACGGGAAAAAGUUUGACUCCAGUCAUGACCGAGGCAAGGCCUUCAUCAGCCAGGUCGGCUUGGGCAGACUCAUCACGGGGAUGGACCGCGGGCUUCAGGGCAUGUGCGUCAACGAACGCAGGAGAGUCAUAGUCCCCCCACACCUGGCCUACGGGAGCGUGGGAACAGGUGGUGUAAUUCCUCCUGACGCCGUGUUGGUGUUUGAUGUUCUCCUGCUGGACAUAUGGAGCACCGAGGACAAGGUCCAGAUCCGAACGCUCGUCAAACCUCCAAGCUGCAAGCGCAAGGCCGCGGCGUCCGAUUAUGUCCGUUACCACUAUAACGGCACACUGCUGUCUGGUGCAGCCUUCGACUCCAGUUACUCGAGGAAUAAGACCUAUGACACCUACCUGGGACAGGGCUACCUGAUCAAAGGCAUGGACGAAGGUCUUGUGGGCAUGUGUGUUGGGGAAAGGAGGCUCAUCAUCGUCCCGCCCUUCCUGGCAUAUGGAGAGAACGGCUCUGGAACUCAGAUCCCUCCCCAGGCUACGCUGGUGUUCGAGGUGCUGAUGAUCGACGUGUUCAACCCUAAGGAUGAUCUGAUCGUGGAGGUGAAGAAGGUUCCCAAAGGCUGCACACGCAGGACCGUGACCGGAGAUUACAUCCGCUACCACUACAACGGUACCUUCCAGGACGGCACCCCCUUCGACUCGAGCUACCAGCGAAACAGCACCUAUAACACGUACAUCGGCAUGGGAUAUGUGAUCCAAGGGAUGGACAAAGCCCUGCAGGGUCUGUGCAUAGGAGAGAAGAGAAGGAUUACUGUCCCUCCUCACAUGGCGUACGGCGAAGACGGAGUCGGAGACCUCAUUCCUAGCUCCGCCGUGCUGGUCUUUGACAUUCACGUCAUCGACUUCCACAACCCCAAAGACCUGGUCCAGAUUAAAGUCACCCACAAGCCUCAGGAAUGCAACAUGACCAGCGAAGCUGACGAUUUGAUUCAGUAUCGUUAUAACUGCUCCAUGAUGGACGGCACCCUGCUGUACUCCUCGGACCAUUACGACUCACCUUCCAUCACGACGCUCGGAGAAAACAAGGUGAUCCCAGGUCUGGAGAGAGGUUUGCUUGGCAUGUGUGUGGGUGAGAGGAGGGAGGCGGUCGUUCCACCACACUGGGGACACGGUGAAAAUGGAGCUGGAGAAGUUCCUAGGAGUGCGGUGCUCUUCUUUGAGCUGGAGUUAGUGGACCUGCAGAAGGGCGUGCCCGAAGGCUUCAUGUUUGUGUGGCUGGGAGACGGACCCGAUCAGCUCUUCCCUGCGAUGGACCUCAACGGCGACAAAGAGGUCCCUCUAGAGGAGUUUUCAGCCUUCAUCAUGCUCCAAGUUAAAGAGGGCAAAGGUCGUCUUCGGCCUGGGUUGGAUGCCGACAGCAGCAUUAAGGACAUGUUCAAUAACCAGGACCUCAACAGAGAUGGGAAGAUCAUAGAGGAUGAACUCAAACCUAAUGCGGAUGAGGAGACCGAGACGAGACGAGACGAGCUGUAAAGGGGGAUGUGCAGUAUUUCAGUAGUGGCGAGGGACAGGCAGUGCAGUGGCUGGGGGUUAUACUGACAUCUUAGCAUCUGUCGUGCAACUAUUUUGAAAAUGGCAGCUUUGCCACAUUGUGUUUGAAAUAUACGAAUGCCCUCUUGCACCUACCGCAGUAGAACGGGCCGUGAUCCUAACGGAGCUCAACACAGACAGGAAACAUCUUUAAUUGACGGGUCAGCGUGUUGUGCAAAGGGAACAGGUGUUUGAAAAUGUGAAAGGAAGAAAAAUUGUCUGUAGUGAAACUGUAUUCAGGCACAUUUGAACAUUUGGGCUGGGCCCUUCUUCCAGAAUAUUACAUCUUAUAUAAACUAGUAGUCAAGUGCAGUGCCUCAUAUAAAAAUGAUGAAGAAAACACUGGUUGUACAGUAAAAUUUGGAGUGAAAAUCUGUUAUUGAAAAUGAUAUUACAACGUGUAGAACAUAAAAUAACCUGUUUUUGUAAUAAAA